AGGUAUCGACCUACACUGAGCUGACCCAGAGCACAACUCGGUAGAGUCCAGUGAAGGUCCACAUCAGCAGAAAUGGCUCCGGCAGCCAUGUCUAAGCCUCCGUCCUCUCUCAACUCACUCCGCCCUUUCCACUUUUCUCCCUCUUCUUUCCUUCUCUGCCUCCUUCUCUCCUUCUUUUUGUUGCUGUCAUGCCCUGGAUCGGUCAGUGCAGGUGCCGGAAAGAAAAACUGUUCCUCUGGUGGAGAUCCCUGUCAGGAAGGAGUGGUGCUGCCUGUCUGGAACCCUCAGAACCCCUCUGUAGGAGAUAAAGUGGCACGAGCCAUUGUUUACUUUGUAGCACUCAUCUACAUGUUCCUGGGCAUGAGCAUUAUAGCGGACCGGUUCAUGUCUUCUAUAGAGGUGAUAACCUCCCAGGAGAAGGAGAUCACCAUAAAGAAGCCGAAUGGUGAGACCACCACAGCCACCGUGAGAAUCUGGAAUGAGACUGUUUCUAAUCUCACUCUAAUGGCCUUGGGUUCCAGUGCCCCCGAGAUACUGCUGUCUGUUAUUGAGGUGUGCGGUCACGGUUUUGAGGCUGGUGAUCUAGGUCCCAGCACCAUUGUGGGCAGCGCCGCCUUCAAUAUGUUCGUCAUCAUCGCUCUGUGUGUGUAUGUGGUCCCUGAUGGAGAAACGCGCAAAAUCAAACACCUUCGGGUGUUUUUUGUCACGGCGGCUUGGAGUAUCUUCGCCUACAUCUGGCUCUACCUGAUUCUGAGUGUCUUUUCCCCCGGAGAGGUGGAGGUGUGGGAGGCAGUGCUUACUUUCCUCUACUUCCCACUCUGCGUGGUCCAGGCCUGGGUGGCCGACCGCCGCCUUCUCUUCUACAAGUAUGUCCGCAAGCGUUACCGUGCCGACAAGAAUCGGGGAAUCAUUAUUGAGACAGAGGGUGGGGCUGAUGGAGGGCUAGGCAUGGAUGGAGGAGGAGGGGGUGGAGUGCUGGGUCCAGGGGGCUUCACCAAGAUGGACAUGCUGGAGCUGGACGGACAGAUAGCGCUGAACUGUCACAGCGGGAUGGAUGGAAGCAUGAUGGAGGAUGGAGGAGCAAAGGACGAUGAGGACGAGGCUAGGAGGGACAUGGCAAGGACGCUAAAGGAGCUGAAGCAGAGGCACCCGGAUAAAGACAUGGAGCAGCUGAUUGAGAUGGCUAAUUAUCAGGUCCUAAUGCAGCAGCAAAAGAGCCGAGCAUUUUACCGCAUCCAGGCAACCAGGAUGAUGAUCGGAGCAGGUAACAUCCUCAAGAAGCACGCUGCUGACCAGGCCCGCAAGGUGGUAAGCAGCCAUGAGACCCAGGCCCAGGAGGAUGACCCUCACACCAUCAGGAUUGAGUUUGAACCCUCUUUGUAUCAGUGCUUUGAAAACUGUGGUUCCCUGAAACUGACUGUUGGCAGACACGGAGGUGACCCCGGAGUUACUGUCAAGGUGGAUUAUCGCACAGAGGACGGUACAGCCAACGCAGGUUCAGAUUAUGAGUUUGCAGAGGGAACGCUGCUGUUCAAGCCGGGAGAAACCCUCAAAGAGAUCACGGUGGGCGUUAUUGACGAUGACAUCUUCGAGGAAGAUGAGUAUUUCUACGUUCACCUCAGUAACCCUCGUGUUGUUGGCUAUCCGGAGAUUGGCACUGCACCUCUGGAUGCCAGCGCUACCCCGAAAGCCGUGCUGGGUGACAACCACACUGCCACAGUGACCAUCUAUGACGAUGAUCACGCAGGCAUCUUUACAUUUGAAAGUGCCACUCAAAGGGUGAGUGAAAGUGUUGGCGUGAUGGAGGUGAAGGUGCUCAGGACGUCGGGGGCUCGAGGCCUGGUCGCCAUUCCCUAUCGAACCUUGGAUGGAACCGCUAAGGGAGGGGAGGAUUACGAAAUGGCUGCAGGAAAGCUGGAGUUUCAGAAUGAUGAGACCAUGAAGAUCAUCGAGGUGAAAAUCAUUGAUGAUGAAGAGUAUGAGAAAAACAAGACCUUUACCAUCGAGCUGGGAGAGCCUGUUCUGUUGGAGAUAGGACAGAAACACGGUGACUCGAAUGAAAACAAGCCUUUGGUGGGGGCGGAGGAGGAAGAGGUGGCCAAGAUGGGCUGUCCCAGUUUGGGCGAACACACACAGCUAGAAGUGGUCAUAGAGGAGUCCUACGAGUUCAAGAGAGCAGUAAAUACACUUCUUAGGCAUGCUGAAAAGAGUACAGUAGAUAAGCUGAUCAAGAAGACAAACUUGGCCUUGGUGGUGGGAAGCAGCAGCUGGAGGGAACAGUUUGUCAAUGCUGUUACAGUCAGUGCAGGAGAUGAUGACGAGGAGGAGAGCGGCGAGGAGCGCCUGCCCUCCUGCUUCGACUACAUCAUGCACUUCCUCACUGUCUUCUGGAAGGUUCUGUUCGCCUUCGUCCCUCCCACAGAGUACUGGAACGGCUGGGCCUGCUUCAUCGUCUCCAUAUCGCUUAUCGGCGUCCUCACCGCAGUCACGGGCGAUCUGGCAUCUCACUUCGGCUGCACGAUAGGACUGAAGGACUCGGUGACGGCUGUGGUGUUUGUAGCGCUGGGAACAUCAGUGCCUGACACAUUUGCCAGCAAGGUCGCUGCCAUCCAGGACCAGUACGCUGACGCCUCCAUCGGCAACGUCACCGGCUCCAAUGCGGUUAACGUCUUUCUGGGCAUCGGCGUGGCAUGGACCAUCGCUGCCAUCGCCUGGCGCUCCAAGGGCAAACCUUUCAAGGUGGACCCAGGAAGUCUGGCCUUCUCUGUCACCCUCUUCACUAUCUUAGCUGUGGUGAGCGUGCUCACGCUUCUGUACCGGAGGCGGGCAACAGUCGCCGGUGGCGAGCUGGGUGGGCCGCGGACUUGCAAAAUAAUAACGUCACUGAUGUUUGUCUCAUUGUGGCUGAUUUACAUUAUGCUGGCUUCCCUGGAGGCCUAUUGCCAUAUACCAGGGUUUUAAAUGGAGAGGAAAGCAGAGGGAGAGAGAGGCCCACUGCCAAUAUGAAAAGAGAGAGAGAGAGAGCAAUGCAGCAGUCUUGAGAGAGGGAGAAGAGAUGGAUCGAUAUGGGCCGACUUUUCAGGAAAUCUUUAAAUCCGUCCAAAGACUAUUUUAGUUUUUCAUCAGAUAUCUUUUUUCCCUACAUUCCUCUCUGUCCUGAAAAACAGAGAGUGAGUCCUCAUAAACAGUAAAACUUGCCAAAUGUCCAAAUUAAUAAUUAUUUAUUCUACAUUAGCAGCUCUUUUAGACAGGAAGCCCCUCCCUCUGGUCUAGUUAUGAGGAAACCUCUCGAAUACAUAAAAUUAAAAUGCAACAUCGAGGAAAAAAGGUAUAAAACUGACUUUUGAGGGUGCUUCUAAAAUCAGCAGUUGACAACAAAGUGUACAGGCUCAUGUUGUCCUAAUAUACUGCCAAGACAGCUGGAACGAAAAGACGAUCAGCUGGCUUCUGAAGAGAAAAUAGGUUGAGAGUGAGGAUUAAAGUGAGAUAUAAAAAUGGAAAAGAUGAGAAAAGAAGAAACAGAAAUAGAGAAAGAAGAAAGUGUGUAUAGCAUAAACAAGAAUAUGUGGUAAAAAUCUUUUACUGCCCUGUAAUAGUCACUCGUUUGCUCCUUCCACCUUUACUGUAUCAGUGGACGCUCCUGUCUGAACAUUUGAGCUCUAAAACUGACAGCGACUUCACACUUUUAAUCCCUCUUCCACCAAAUGCACACAGACACACACACUCACAUAUACAGACUCUUGGGGCCCUUGGGUGAUUCUGCAGUUGCGGGGACCAAGUUGCGGGCGAGAUGAAAACUGACCACCUUUCAUUUUAAUUUUUUUUGUCUUUUUAUUCUUUUCUUCCUCGGUACACUGUGCAAAAUAGUCCCUCCACACACAAACACACACAUACACACCAUACACUUUCCUCAGACCCUUGCUCUUGCCUUACUUUUAUCUUCCCCGUAGGAAUAAAGUCUUAAAGUUGAUGAAAUGUUGUAGUCAGCACCGACCGACCUGCCCUCUUUUUAAUUGAGCCAGUUUCUGUUUCAUUUUGGCAUCUGUUUAAUGCCAAAUCCCCACACUUUUUACUAAACUUUUGAGUGGCGUCACGUGUUGAUGUUGUUACCGUGCAAUUGUAAAAAAUAACAACAAUGAAAAACCGUAUAAAUGCAGCGUGAUCUGAUAAUGGACCAGACAAAUUCAAGUGAAGAAAUCUCUAAAGUGGGGAGGAAGAACCAACAAGAACAGAAGCAUUGUGCACGACACAUCGUGAGGUGCAUUGUUUACACUUUAAACUACGGAUAAUGUGAACAACUUUGAGCCAAGCAGGGACUUCUGUGAUGCCGUCAAUGAACAACACAAGAAUCGGAGCGAAGGAUCGACUGCGAGACGACGACGACGAUGGUGUUGACGACAAAUCAGAACCAUGACUACAGCCAGUGUUUCUAAUUGUACAUGAUAACAGAAACUGUCAUUGAUGUGUGUGUGAGAAGUCAUUGAUAUCCCCUCUAUCUUAAGCCCCACUCUGUAAGUAAAACUCUGGAGGUAUUCAAGAAAGACUCACGUGGACUUUUUUCUCUGAAACAAAGAGAAACGAGAGGACAUUUUUAAGGAAACCCAAUGCAACAAGAAGAGUGUGAACAUAAAACCAGAGGAGAGUGAGACACUUUGAGGGAAAAUGUACGGCAGCUCUGAAAUAUCACAUGACUGUUCUGCUCCAGUCGGGACAUUUCUUUGUAAUCUAAACAAAAAAUUAAAAAAAUAUAUAUAUAUACAUAUAAAUCACAAGUGUGUGUUAUCCAAAGAUGAGAUAGAAGAAAAUAGUCACAGAUCACGUUUUCAGUGUGCAGUCUACAAGCUGCUGGUUGUAGUUUGUAAAAAAAACAAAACAAACAAAAUAACUGGCAAGAAUUUCAUAAAAAUGUUCACACUACAGAUAUAUGUGGUAAAUGAUCUGGUAUAUUUUAUGGGUAAAACUGUGCUAUUUAUUAUGUUUUCGUGAAAUGUUUUUUCUGUGAAACUCAGGCGUGGUGUGCGUGGAAGUGAAAGUAAGAUAUUCAGAAUAGCUAAAAGCGAGAAUAUUAGGCCAUGUAUCGUGUGAACUGUUUUGUCAUCCGUGUCUGUUGUUUAAAGUGUCAAAGCCCAGAUCUGCAUUAUGCGGUGUUAAUAGCCCGGUCCUGCCCGGAGGCUGGACCGAAACUGGACAGAAGGGAUGGCAUAUGGCUUGUCAGUGUAGAUUAUUAUUAAAUGCUAAUUUCCCUUUGUUGAAAACAGUAUAGAAAGAGAUACUCUGCAGGAAGUGGGCGAUUUUUCUCUCAACUAACCACCAUGCUGACGGUGAUCUUCAAGAAAAAUCAUCCUGAGAUAAACAAUAAUUUAGCUUUUUGGUUUGUUGACUGACACAAGAAUAGGACCGAAAACAACAAUUUACCUGCCCGCCAUCCUGAUUGUUAAAUAUGGACAACCCACUCACUGCUGUCAGCCCAUAUAGAUGCAGACAUGACAAAGCCGCCUUAAUUUGUGACCAAUCCACGCCUCUGAUACAGCCCCGCCAAGUUCGGUGGAUGUAGAAAUGGAAGAUAAGUGGGUGAUUGGUGCAAACAGGCAUUGCUCUAUGGGGGUAAACAUUCCUGUAUCCAUUGCACCUUCACUCUUUCUAUGGUACAUCUUUUUGCUGCAGGAAAUAAAGGAAAGCUAUUUUCCCCAGCCCACUUUCAAUGAUAGAGUUUGGACAUCUGCCAUAUUCCUUUUAGCUGCAAAGAUUUAACAUUGCUCUGCAGAAGUUAAACAUGAUGACAUGUCCUGUACCAACACCGGUAGAAAAUUGGCGUUGGUCAAGACGUUUUCAGCCUUUCAGAUGCUGAGGUCAUGUUAAGUCAACCUAAGGCAACUCUACUGAAAACUGCCACAUUGGGAAGAUGUGAACUGGAAGUAUUCAGUGGGUUGUUGAUAGUUUGUCAGCGUUAAUCUUGUUAAAAUGACGUUAACGCCAUAACCGCAUUAGCAAAUCUCCG